GAUGGGAUUCUGCGAAAAAUUAAAAAUGAAUCCGAUGUAAACUGAAAUUAAAUUCAAACCUGAAUUCCUAUUUAUCAGGUUUUUCUUGGCAAAAAUGUGACUGAACUGAUGACUCCUGUGUGAUGGGAACCUGUCAUCACACGCUUGGUGUCUUUAAAAAGUAUUAUCCUGCAUUAAAUGACAUAUAAUAAAGUGUGAGUUGUCUUGUUAAGUGCAAUUACAGCCUUAUGAAUUUCCUAUGAGCCUGGCAUACAUCGGUAGUAGGAGUAACCCGUUUCUGGUCAGCUGACAUUCUAUGAAGGAAUGAAGUGGGGAUUUGUCUGUGAUUGAUGAGUGUCACAUGCUUCAAAGCUCUGACUGCACUUCCUCAAUAAUUUCUCUGUAAAAAGCGGAUUUCUUACUAAUGGGACGAGACAAAUGCACGGGAGACAUGGACACUGCCAUGUUCCUGGCGAUGUGAUCUGUUUCUGCUGCACGGGUAAAACCUUCUGAAUCCACAACUUUCCUCUGUACUCCAGCAUGUACCCUGUUUACUUUUUACCUUGCAGGUCUAAUGAGAUGGCCACAGAUGACAAGUCUUCACCCACACUGGAACCUGCCAGUGAGCUCCCCAGGUCUCCAAGUAGUCCAUCCCAUCUCACUCAUUUUAAACCCUUGACUCCCGAUCAAGAUGAGCCACCCUUCAAAUCUGCCUACAGUUCUUUUGUAAAUCUGUUCCGUUUUAGCAAAGAUGAGGUCCGAGUGGUCUCGUCUACAGAAAGGACCGAGUCUGGUCCUGGGGACGCAGCAAUAAGAAACACAUGGUCCAGUCCUCAUCACUCGCCAACAUCACAGCCUGUUAAGUUUCCAGUGCAGUAUAAAAAGCAGUUACUAGGAGAGAGAAGAUCUUCAACAAGCUCAGAAACAAGAAGAAAGGUAGAACCACCCUUGGGUCACGAUCCACGCACUGCCGUACAGCUCCGCAGUCUGAGUACUGUGCUCAAACGUUUAAAGGAGAUUAUGGAAGGAAAGAGCCAGGACAGCGACUUAAAGCAGUACUGGAUGCCCGAUAACCAGUGUAAAGAGUGUUAUGAUUGCAGCGAGAAGUUUACCACUUUCCGUCGGAGGCAUCACUGUCGACUUUGUGGUCAGAUCUUCUGCAGCCGCUGCUGCAACCAGGAGAUUCCUGGGAAAUUCAUGGGUUAUACAGGUGAUCUUCGGGCUUGUACUUACUGUUGCAAGAUUGCCAUAAACUAUGCACACUCCACGGACAGCCAUGUCAUCGGGGAAGACCUGAAUGCAUUGUCUGAAUCCUCCUGUUCUGUUUCUGUAUUGGAUCCUGGAGAACCACGCACACCAGUGGGAGGAAGGAAGUCCAGUCGCAAUAUUUUUUUAGAGGAAGACCUUGCCUGGCAAAGCCUUGUUCACCAGGAUUCUACUAAACCGCUGACAGCACGUCUUGCUUCAGUUCAAGAAGAUCCUGGAAAGUCACCUGCAAGAAAUCGGUCAGCCAGUAUUACUAAUCUAUCACUAGAUCGUUCUGGAUCCCCUAUGGUGCCACCCUACGAAUCAUCUGUCAGCCCGCAAGCUUCUCGCACAUAUUUGAAAAAUGAUACCAAUGAAGAGGAGAGGAAAAUACUACUGGAUUCUGUGCAGCUAAAGGAUUUAUGGAAAAAGAUCUGUCACCACAACAGUGGCAUGGAGUUUCAGGACCAUCGUUAUUGGCUGAGAACACACCCCAACUGCGUUGUGGGGAAGGAGCUGGUUAACUGGCUAAUUAGAAAUGGGCACAUUACAACUCGAGCACAAGCUAUAGCAAUUGGACAAGCUCUUGUGGAUGGUCGAUGGUUAGACUGUGUCACCCACCAUGAUCAACUUUUUCGUGAUGAAUAUGCUUUAUACAGACCUCUUCAGAGUACAGAGUUUUCAGAGACUCCUUCCCCUGAUAGUGAUUCUGUGAACUCUGUGGAAGGACAUUCCGAGCCAUCUUGGUUUAAGGACAUCAAAUUUGAUGACAGCGACACAGAACAAAUUGCAGAUGAGGGUGAAGAUAAUUUAACUAAUUCUGCAAGUCCUAGCAAACGCACGUCAGUCAGCAGCUUCCAGUCUGCUAUGGAUAGUGAUUCGGCCGCUUCCAUCAGCCUCAAUGUGGAGAUGGACAACGUCAACUUCCACAUCAAGAAGCACUCCAAGUACCCCCAUGUACCCCCUCACCCUGCUGACCAGAAAGAGUUUCUUCAGUCUGAAGAUGGAGGCCAGCAGAUCAUUUCAAUUAGUGAUGCUUUCAUCAAAGAGUCUCUAUUCAAUCGACGAGUAGAAGAGAAAUCUAAAGAUCUGCCCUUUACGCCUUUGGGGUGGCACCAUAACACCCUGGAUCAACUAAGAGAAGAAAAUGGUGAAAAACAGGCAAUGGAGAGACUACUGUCUGCCAAUCACAGCCACAUGAUGUCCCUAUUACAGCAGCUUCUAUAUAAUGAAUCACUUGCUCUUUCCUGGCGUGACAUCAUAGUGCCACUGGUUUGUCAAGUGGUUCAGACUGUCCGACCUGAUGUCAAGAAUGACGAUGACAUGGAUAUCCGCCAAUAUGUCCACAUCAAAAAAAUUCCAGGGGGAAAGAAGUCCGAUUCCGUGGUGGUAAAUGGAUUUGUUUGCACCAAAAAUAUUGCACAUAAAAAGAUGAAUGCCUGUAUUAAAAGUCCAAAAAUCUUACUUCUGAAAUGCUCCAUUGAAUAUUUAUAUAGAGAAGAAACAAAAUUUACCUGCAUCGAUCCAAUUGUUGUUCAGGAAAGGGAAUUUUUGAAGAAUUACGUCCAGAGAAUUGUUGAUGUUCGACCAACUCUGGUUCUGGUGGAGAAGACUGUAUCUAGAAUAGCACAAGAUAUGCUCUUAGAACAUGGCAUAACCUUGGUCAUUAAUGUUAAACCGCAAGUUUUAGACAGAGUCAGUCGAAUGACACAGGGAGACUUGGUAAUGUCCAUGGAUCAGUUGUUGACAAAACCUCGCCUUGGAACCUGUCACAAGUUUUAUAUGCAAGUGUUUCCUUUACCUAACAAUGAAUCCAAAACACUGAUGUUUUUUGAAGGAUGUUUACAACAUCUUGGCUGCACAAUUAAGCUACGUGGAGCCUCAGAAUAUGAGCUGGCACGUGUCAAGGAUAUAAUCGUCUUUAUGGUUUACGCGGCAUACCAUUCCCAGCUGGAGAUUUCCUUUCUUAUGGAUGAGUUUGCUAUGCCACCAACACUUCCUAAAAGCAGCUCCUUCCGAUCCCUUAUUGAAGGUCAUGAAGGAGAUGGAAGUCAGAAAGAUCUGUUUAAUGGAGAAGAAUGCAGUGGUAUUAAUUGGGAAUCAGACCGGUUCUCGGACCGAUUACAUGUGAUAUCAGGGUCCCAGUCUUCUGAUGAUUCUGAAUUGCUAGAACAACGAUCAUAUUUUGAGGAGACUGGAGAACUGGAGAGCAAGAGUUUUGAUUCAUCUUCCAUGAUCCAUCAAAAUCCAUCCAGGGUGAUGUCGUCUUCAUCACUUUUAUCUUCUGUGUCAAUUGAACCUGAGCUCUUCAAUCAGAUGUGUCAAAUGCCUGGUAUUUCAAAUGAUGAUGAUUUUGAAAUUCUUGAUGAGGGACUCGAAGAGCCCAAAAAUCAACAUCGAGCCUUCAGAGAUCCUUUACAAGAUGACUCUGGAAUGUAUAUAACAGAGGAGGUUGCUUCCACAGAUGAUAGGCUUAAAGCACACUCUAUAGCUUUUAAACAGGAACUGAAAGAUGUUAUUCUUUGUAUUUCUCCUAUUAUUUCUUUCAAGGAACCCUAUUUGUUAAUGGAGAAGGGCAUGCGUUGUCCUACAAGAGAUUAUUUUCCAGAGCAGGUUUACAUAUCCCCAUUACUUAAUAAGGAGAUGAAAGAUUUGGAGAGUAGAAGGAAAAAGCAACUGUUGCGUGAACUGUCAACCUUACAAGGCACGAAUGGAAAUGUCCAGGGAAAAGCUAUUGAAGUGUUGCCAUCCCAUGAGCUGUUAAGCACAAGAAUUUCAGAGCAUUUAGGAGACAGUCAAUCCCUAGCUAGAAUCCUAGCAGACUAUCGAGCGAGAGGAGGUAGAUUAAGGCAGAAGGAUGUCGACCCAUUUGUACAAACUACAGGGACAGCCAGUGGAUUAAGUAAAACGGAUUCCAAGAAUGACUCAGAGGACGACAAAGUAUUCAAUCAGCUUGAAUUGACCUGGAACUCAAAGAUUGAUUGUCUUAGCACAUUAAACCAUCAGAGGCUUUGUGUCCUGUUCAGCAGUUCUUCCGCUCAGUCUAAUAAUGCACCAAGUGCCUGCGUCAGUCCAUGGAUUGUCACAAUGGAGUUUUAUGGUAAAAAUGACUUGACGCUGGGUGUGUUCCUGGAGAGAUACUGCUUUAGGCCAUCCUAUCAGUGUCCCAGCGUGUUCUGUGAUACCCCCAUGGUGCACCACAUAAGGCGCUUUGUCCAUGGAAAUGGUUGUGUACAGAUCCUACUUAAGGAACUGGAUUCCCCUGUGCCUGGAUACCAACACACCAUUCUCACUUAUUCAUGGUGUAAGAUUUGUCAACAGGUAACACCAGUUGUGCCUUUAUCCAAUGAAUCCUGGUCUAUGUCAUUCGCAAAGUAUUUGGAGCUCCGAUUUUAUGGUAACCAGUAUACUCGUAGAGCCAAUGCUGAACCUUGUGGACACUCCAUACACCACAACUACCAUCAGUAUUUCUCGUAUAACCAGAUGGUUGCUUCAUUCAGUUACUCUUUUAUUAGAUUGCUUGAAGUUUGUGUGCCAAUGCCGAAAAUCUAUAUCAAACGGCAUACUCCUUCAAAAGUUUUCCUUCUACAGGAUUUCAAAGACUUUUCUCAAAAGGUGACACAGGUGUAUUUAGCAGUUGACGAUCGGCUCACAUCUCUGAAGACAGACACAUUUAACAAGACAAGAGAGGAAAAGAUGGAAGAUCUCUUUGCAAAGAAAGAGAUGGAGGAGGUCGAGUUUAGGAACUGGAUUGAGAAACUUCAGGCUAGGAUGCUUACAUCAAACAUUGACACUCCUCAACAGCUUCAGUCGGUCUUUGAAUCAAUAAUAAUCAAGAAGCAGUCCCUUUGUGAGAUGCUACAAGCCUGGAACAACAGGUAAUGUAGUUUAGAUUGCUGUAAAAAGCAAGCAUUUAUUAUUUUCAAAGUCAAACCUUCAGAUUCAUCAUGGGAUCGCUGCAAGUAGAGGUUAAAUCUCUUCAUUUGCCAAUCAAUACACUUUGAUCUUUUGUCUCGGACUGGGAAAGAGCCAACAUAAGAAUGAAGACGAUAAGACUAGAUCAGCCUUUUUUUUCUUUUUUUUUUUUCAGGCAGUCAGUUCUUUUUUCAUUAGUGUACUUUAUAUUUAUAAAAAAAAUAGCCAUGUUCUGAAUGGACACUCAAAAAGGCAAUCUGCUUACAGCUAAUCGGUUUAAUUAAUUACUGAAAUGUUGCGUUUGCUUAGCAAGUGUGCCUAAAAUUAGAUGUAUAAUUAAAAAUUCACAGCACACACAUCAGUAGGAGGGUACAUGUCAGCAUUACCAAAAUAUAAUUGUUAUUCUUGGGAAGAAAAUAAGUAACCUUUUUCUUGCCAUGAGUAAGAGACUUUUUUUUUUACAGUUCUUGCGUAAUAAAUGUAGGCUUGAUACAUUGUAUACAGUGUAAAACUUUUGGAUUAAAAAUUGGGUACUCAACUAGCAGAUUAUUUACAUUAAGCAGUUCUCUUUCACAUUAAUUGAAGAAAAAAAUCUCUUUAGUUCAAGUGUAUCUACGGUAAAUCCAAAAAUAAAUGUAAUCUUCCAGUUUACCAGUGCUUAGGUGUUGGGGCUCCCUUAGUGUUUGUUUUUAUUUAGACUUUUUUUUUCUUCUUAUAAUUCUGCCAGUAAUACAAGAUGACGUUUAUUCACACUAUUGUAACAAGAAAACAGGUGAUGGGACUACUACACUCUGCCCCUAUGCUUAUUCCCAUAACUUAGUGGCAUGUGGUCCUGUAAUCCCCAGAUGUAGCUGAGAAAAUUGUAGCUGAUAACUGUCAGGACAGAGCAAGAGCACAGGAAGUUAUCCGCUCACAAGAUUCUGGCAGGAUCAACAGACAAUUUUUGCACAUAUCAAACAGAUUUAACAAAACGAUUUCAAGAGUAUAUUAACAGACCAAAAUGAACCAAAUUAAAGAAGCCCAUGGUUGUAGAACUCCUGAAAGGGAAUAUUUACUGUAGUAGCUAAUUGAUCCACAAGCUUGUAAUUGAUAAACUGCCCUGAAACUUGACAUAGGCAGCCCGGUGAGUAUUGGACACCAGAUAAACACAACUGAAACCGCUUUCAAUUGACAGCAUACUGGUAAUGUUGAUUUACAUUUUAAGUGCACGUUUGGGUCAAAAUGUAAUGAGCGCCAGCGGCUGCCAAUCCAAGCGCCGACCUAUAAUAGGUGAAGAAAGCCAUUGUUGAAAGAAAGCCAUACAAAGUCAAGAGUAUAUUAACAGACCAAAAUGAACCAAAUUAAAGAAGCCCAUGGUUGUAGAACUCCUGAAAGGGAAUAUUUACUGUAGUAGCUAAUUGAUCCACAAGCUUGUAAUUGAUAAACUGCCCUGAAACUUGACAUAGGCAGCCCGGUGAGUAUUGGACACCAGAUAAACACAACUGAAACCGCUUUCAAUUGACAGCAUACUGGUAAUGUUGAUUUACAUUUUAAGUGCACGUUUGGGUCAAAAUGUAAUGAGCGCCAGCGGCUGCCAAUCCAAGCGCCAAACGUCGACCUAUAAUAGGUGAAGAAAGCCAUUGUUGAAAGAAAGCCAUACAAAGUCCUUUUUGCAAGAAGCCAUACAGGGAACACAGCAAACAUGUGGAACAAGGUGCUCUGGCCAGAUGUGAUCACAGUUGAACUUUUUGGCCUAAAAUGCUAUGUGUGGUGGAAAACUAACACUGCACAUCACCCUGAACACA